AUCUACCCGUCACAAUUUUUAAUAAGAACUUUUUGCUGUUUCUACCGAUACCGACUGACGGCUGGCUGUUCCACUGAUAAACUUUACUUGAUAAUUCUCUUCCUUCCUGUUAAAACAAAAAAUCGAAAAAUAAACCACAACAAAGAAACCAUGCUAUUCAAUUUGUAAAACGAAUAGAACACCACAAAUCUCUCAUUCAUCCAUAUUUUCUUCGGUUCAAUUUCUUUGAUAUUCACAACUCAAAUGGAAUUCGCUGAUCUCAUAAAAACUCCAAAACUCGAUGGUGUUCUAUUGCAUGACCAUUUACAUGCAACAGUUGAGGGAACUCUAUGCAUUACAGGUCACCAUUUACUGUUAAGUGCUCGACAAGAGAAUAGUCAAGAAUUAUGGCUACUUCACAAAAAUAUCGAUUGUGUAGAAAAGAAACCAUUCCUCUCAAAUAAUGUUGUUGUGGGUGGAAUAAUCACCCUCAAAUGCAAGGAUUUACGUAUAAUUUCAUUAGAAAUAAAAUACUCCAAAGAGUACUUUAAUAUUGCUUCAUCUUUGGAGCAACUCAGCUCACUGCACAACAUAGAACUAGACUAUCCGUUCUUCUAUAGACCCAUGUAUUCCAUAUUGGAAGAUGGAUUUACUAUUUUUCGACCAGAGUCGGAAUUUUCAAAAUUACUUACCGGCGACGAAUGGAGAAUCUCACAUGUUAACAAAGACUUUAGUGUGUGUUCAACAUAUGGUGCUAUCUUGAUUGUUCCAAAAUCAAUAACUGACGAACAAAUCUGUCAGUCGGGUACUUUCCGAGAUGGAGGUCGUUUUCCAAUACUUAGCUACAAACAUGACAAUGGAGCUACUCUGAUGAGAAGUUCCCAACCAAUUUCAACUCAAGGCAUCAAACGAUGUCGUGCUGAUGAAGCUAUUCUCAAUGUGGUUUUGGGACGAAGUAAAAAAGGCUUUAUUGUAGACACUUGGGGCAAGGGCAAAUCCAAUACUGAAACAGAUCAACAUUAUUCCCAGUGGAAGAAGGUUAAUCGAUCAAUUGGGAAUGUAUCAAAUCCUUCUUCCAUAUUGGACAGCUUUACAAAACUUGUUGAAGCUUGCAAUGACACAACCUGCAGUGCUGACAAAUGGCUAUCACGACUUGAAGGCAGUGGAUGGCUAGGUAUGGUUUUGAACUCAUUAAAUGCUGCCUGUGUUGUGGCUCAAUGUCUGGACCAAGAAGGUAGUCCUGUGCUUGUACAUGGCUCAAAGGGACUCGACUCAACUCUAAUUGUAACUUCAUUAGUUCAAAUUAUUUUAAAUCCCGACUGCCGAACGGUUAGAGGCCUCCAAGCCCUCAUCGAACGUGAAUGGAUACAAGCCGGUCAUCCGUUUUUCUCACGGCACAAAUACUCCUGUUAUACCCCACCACAAACACGUUUGAAAACCUCCGGAGCUACAUUUAUACUCUUCCUCGAUUGUAUAUACCAAUUGUUUUGUCAAUUCCCUUGCAGUUUUGAAUUCAGUACAAAUCUAUUAAUUUUGCUUUUCGAACAUAGUUACUUUAGCCAAUACGGGACGUUUCUUUGUGAUUCGGAGAAAGAACGUUCUGAGUAUAAAGUACAAAGUCGUACAACUAGCUUAUGGUCGUAUUUAAAUCGGCCAGAUGUUAUGAAGAGUUUAUUGAAUCCGCUGUAUGAUCCAAAUCCACAUGUUAUAUGGCCUUCGGUAGCACCAAUUAGUUUGGAAUUGUGGGAUGAACUUUAUCUAAGAUGGGUUAUGGAUCAACAAAAUAUGACAAACACCAUGGCCCAGAUACAAGAAUUGAUAACUUAUGAAAAAGAACUGAGAACAAAGGUCUUGAAGCUCCGGAAACAAGCGACUGAUUUGAAUAGAGAAGUUAUCGAUCUUAUAAGGGUCACCAAUAAUUGAUGAUAAUGCUGAAAAUCUUAACAAACAAACAUUUAAAUAAAAAGCUAAUCUCUAAAAAUUCAUAUAAACUUAUGUCAAUUUUUGACGCAUUUAUUUAUACAUAAGUAAAAUACCAACAAACUUUAUGUGGUUAAAAAUUAAAUUUAAUUAAAAUAAAAAAAAAUUGACAGGGAUCUUAUUAAUGAUCAAACAAAUAUUUUAAAAAUAA